CUCUUGAAAUGAAUUCACACUUGAAUUCAGGUUCUCACAAGAAAUAGAAUUCAUUUUCCAACAAAAUUAUAUUCAAACAAGCUCAAUGUGCACGUUGUAUCCCUACAUUUCUUCUCUUGUUCUUCAAACUUGAAACAGUUCUCGACUACAUGGUUGUCCAUCUUGCAGUACCUGCAAAACAAUCUCUCACUCGAACCAUCCCUACCAACCUCUCUUGCUUCCACUCGUAAUUCGCGCACCCUAACUGUUUGAGCCUAGAAUGUACUAGGCGGUUAUGGGGCUCUGAUCUGGACUCCCUCAUCUGAUCUCCUCGGGAGUGGAAGAACCUGUGAGGCGGGGGGGCGGCCCCCGGGAUCUACGCUCCGACGCCCAAGUUAGUACGAUAUAGGAAGCGGUUUAUGGUAUAUAGAGAGAGAGUUUAGAGAGAGACCUUAGGGUAAGAGUGUGGGAAGGGAAGAGAGGAUCCUUUAGUUUGGAGGGUUAGGCCUCCUUAUAUAGGGUUGGGCUUCCUUGAGUGGGCUUGGGCCCAGGACGCCUUGCGGUGGGCUUGGGCCCGUUUAUAGUCGUGUAGGCAUAUUAAUCCAUACCCAACAAUUGCCCCUUUACUUCUUGUAUUCUGUAAGAAUGAAAGGAGUAAUAUAAUGCAUUAAUCGUGUGAUUAAUUUGCCUUACUUGCGAAUCCGUAUGAUGCGGUUUGCCCCUAGUGCGAGUUGCGUGAUCAUUUCCUCUGCCCCUUGCUUAUCUUUCGAUGUCUUAAACUAAAGCUCUCAAGUCGUUAAAAGUUCCUUCGCUAGUCCAUUGUUGUUAGCGCUAGUAGACCAUAAUUGAUACCUAGGUAGGGUGGCCCCCACGGCUUGAGAGUUUUAACUCAAGACGCUCUUGUUUAGUGUUUCUUCGGCUCACUGGGGUGUGCUUCUGCUUCUGGAGAAGCGCAUCGCUCCUUCGCUUCCAAGGAGGCGCAUUAGUCCUUCGGCUUCCUGGGAAGCGCUUUAGUCUUCGAUUUCCUGGAAAGCGCAUUAGUCAUUGGUUUUAUGGGAAGUGAAGUCUCCGACUUCCUGGGAAGCAAAUCUCUCCCUUUGGCUUUCUGGGAAGCGCAUGCUCCUUCGCUUCCUGAGAAGCGCAUCACUCCUCGGCUUCAUGGGAAGCGCAUUGCUCCUUCGCUUUUUGGGAAGUGCAUUGCUCCUUCGCUUCCUGAGAAGCGCAUUGCUCCUUCGUUUCCUGGGAAGCACAUUUCUCCUUCGCAUCCUGAGAAGCGCAUUGCUCCUCCGCUUCCUGGGAAGCGCAUCGCUUCUUCGCUUCCUGGGAAACGCAUUGCUCUUCGGCUUCCUGGGAAGCGCAUCGCUCCUUCGCUUCAUGGGAAGCGCUUUGCACCUUAGUCUUUCAUCCUAUGAGAGGCGCUCCGCCUUCUUGCCUGAUGGAGGCACUCCGUCUCUAGCCCGCCGAGCAAUGCUCGAGCCUUGCCCAAAGGCGGAAGGCGUGAAUCAUUCCCCAGAGGGAGGACCGCUCGGAGGUGGGAAGAAUUCCCCGGAGGGAGCAUCGCUCGGAGGCGGAGUCUUCGAGCCUAACCCGGAGGUCGGAUGGCGUGAGUCAUUCCCCAGAGGGGAGGACCGAUCGGAGGCGGGAAGAAUUCCCCGGAGGGAGCAUCGCUCGGUAGGCGGAGUCUUCGAGUCUAACCCGGAGGUCGGAGGCGUGAGAGUUAUUCCCAGAGGGAGGACCGCUCGGAGGCGGGAAGCAUUCCCCGGAGGGAGCAUCGCCCGGAGGCGGUAAGCAUUCUCCGGAGAGAGCAUCGCUCGGAGGCGGGAAUCUUCGAGCCUAGCCUGGAGGCAUGAGGCGUGAUUCUUCGAGUAUCCGAGAAAGAUGCAAGUAUCUAGGGUGCCAUAUAUUUAAUGUUUGAAUAUAGCAUAGAGAGCGACCUAGCAUAAUAGUAAUUAACUGCUUUGCAUAAGAUAUAUCAUCUGUAAAAGCAACUUAGCUUUGAGAGAAGUUGGAGGGCGGUUAAGUAUUGACCGCUGCAUGUUUGAUCAACUCUGUGUCCAUGUAGUAUACUGGUUGGCGCUGGCUGCCCAUGAAGGAAUUGUCUGCGGUUCGAAGGUUGGUGGAUGCGCAUGCUGAUCUUUUUUCAAUAAAGCGUGUGUGGGCCG